GUAAAAAUUUUGUUGCUUUACAGGAGUUAAUCAUGACAGUAACCUCCUGGAGGCUCUGCUGUCAACUGCUAAAGGCCAAGAAACAUAACAUAACUCCCAUCCAUAAAACAGAAAAUUGUCGUUUCUCUUUUUUUUUAGUGGGCUGUCUAGGUGCUGGUAGGUAGAUUUUAGAAUGUAACUUUAUAGUCAUUGUUUCACAACAACGAAGCACAGUUUAGCAGCUCUCAGUUUAAAAAACACACAAAUAGAAAAAAAUCUAGAAAUAGCAAAUAUAUCACAAUUUAAAUAUAUAAAAUAAAGAUAAAUAAACAUGAUGAGGUGGCACUAUAUUUUUGUAGUUUUGGACAGAACCAGGCUAACUGCUUUCCCCCUGUUUCCAGUUUUUGUGCAAAGCUAGGCUAACCACCCACUGGCUGUAGCUUCUUAUUUACUGUUAAGACAUUAGUGGUUGAUCUUCUCAUCUAACAUCAGAAAGUGAACAAGCGUAUUUAGAACAAUUAAGAGACUCACUCCAUCUCAAGCAAAGCAGAUUGAUGACCAUUAAAGCACUUGAUGAAGAUGGGCACACGUUGCACAGGCUCUAAUUUCAACAUCAAGAGUUCCUAUCAAAUUUCUCAAAUGCAUGAAAAUGCUGUUUAACUCUCAGGUUUGACCUUUGACCUCAACUCAUCAAUUUACAAGCAAUGUUUCGGGCUUUCAUAGGUCCUCUCGCAGCAAAGCUGAAAGAGCAAAGUAAGAUCCACGUGGCUUGCAGCCAUAUCAAUGGAUGCCAACACACAGAUGCAGAUGAGAUGAAGUCUGGAUUAUUAAAACAUAAACUAUGUAUUCCAUGUUUGUAGCUGUGAUUUUUCACACCUGACAUUCUUUACUGACAUAUUGAUCUGAGGUUUUUACGUACAGAAAUUGGAUACUAAUAAUAAAGAUUUUUGUAUAAGAAAACAUGUACUACAUGUGUUUUGUAUCCACUUGGGCACAAGUGCUGCAUCUUUGAAAUACAUGAUGGUGAUCUAGACACAUUGGAAGCAAAGUGUGAUUUAAUUUAGAGCCAGUUAAAAGGUGUCUGAUUCCUCUGUAAGCCCAAUCCUUUUUUAGAGGACUUUCAGCCUCUUUCAUCAGGAAAUGAUUAGAAAGACAUCCACACUCCAAUCACAUUUGACCUUUGGACCUUAAACAUGGAGCUCACACAAACCUGCAGGAGAAAUUAAAGGCAACGUGACGGUUUGGCUCAAAGUAAUUCAGCAUUAACUGACUUGUAAUUUCUGAUCAGGUUCUUAAAUUGAAAUAGCAUGAGUAAGAGAUCUUAGAUCCUUUUUGUACGUGUCCUUGAGAUAUUCCAAGGAAAACGUAAACAUGUUUUUUUCCUUCUCUUGGAUCCUGGGAACUUCUGAUUGGACGUCUUUUGAUUUAAACCCAACAGAUUGUUUUUUUAAAGGUCUGGUAGGUGCAUGUGGAAUAUCAGUGCUGUACAAUUUGAUGAGAGUUUACCAUUUCAUUCAAAUGUGCAGUGAUUUUAAGACUGAAACUGAAAGCAAACUGAGGUCAUCCGCAUUUGGCAAUCUGAGAGCGAACUGGACAACAGCUCUCCAGUUCUGGACCCUGACGGUCUUUCUGUCUCUGGUAAACUCAAGGGUUUCCUCUCUGAUAGUGCUGGAGUUUUCUCUCAGAGCUGUUUCUGCCUGGGUAUCAGCAGGAGUGGCUGGCAAUGGCAGAGGCUUAGACCUACUCCUGAUCCAGUGCCAGUUUCCCCUGGGUUGCAGCCUCACCUGUACUCUUGACUUCCUCCAUAAGGGGGCUCCACACAGCACCCUCAGCUUGUUUCUGGCAGCUUCUCUCAGCUGGGCACUGGCAAGUGUCAGCCACAAUCUGUGGAGCCAUGUGGCCAGACUUUACCCACUACAUAGCAGAGAGCGUUACUGUGGGAAGUGCAUCACCCUCCUGGCCUCUGGACACACCAUACUGGCUUCACUGCAAAGAGCGGUUGUCUUGGCCUUUGCUCUAGCAACUGUGGCUUACACCAGUACGAUUUAUGACCAAUUCCUGUCCCAGAAGGAUGCUCUAAAGUUUUGGAUUCCACUGACACUUUGCUACACCAUGUUAGUGGUCUACAUUCAAGAUAAUCAGCAGCAGCAGCCUGGCAUAAAUGCCCUGCGGCACACUGUCUUGCUGCGAAUGGGAGCCUUACUGGUGAUCAUGCUGACAGUGGGCGACUGGUCUGAUGUCCUCCACGUCCUCAUCACUUUCCUUGGUGAAGCGGUCUGCCUGCUGCCCUCUCAGGACCUGUUAAAAGCCGCGUUGAAGGAAGAAGAAGACACAAGCUUGAGAAAAUAUGAACAGAGCUCCAGUUACAAAACAAUGAAAACAUCAUCAGCUGACAGCUGAUGUUGAACCCAAAAUCUACAUCAAAUACCAAAGAUUACCUCAAAUGUCAAGAUGUGAUGAUAAAACAGUAAAAGGAUAUGUUGUGGCCACACUUGAUGGC